AUGCACUUUGGCGAUCGCUUCAUCCAGUUCGGCCACUUCCGGAUGGGCGAAGUGGAUGCGAACCACUUCUCCAUCUCCCACAGCUCAGGUCAGACUGUGCAGAUCUUCCGUUCCGACGGGACCUUGCAUCCUGGGCCUCGGAGCAGCUGGGGCUUGUGGCACAGCUCCCGCCCCGUUCUGGAUGCGCCCUUGGGCAUCACCUUCGGGGAUCGCUUCGUGCAGAUCGGAAACUUCCGGGUCGGAGACGUGGACGGUCAACACUUCUCCGUCGCGCACGUGGGUGGCAAGACCAUGCAGAUUUUUCGGUCGGACGGGACCCUUCAUCCCGGCCCGCGCAGCGACUACACCACAGUGGGCCGCCCGAUGCUUGAGUGCAAGGUGGCGGAGUAG